CUCUUCUUUCUUUUUGAAAGCCCUUUCCGGUUUAGUUCUUGGGGCUAGAGGCCGUAGUUUCGGUUUUUAUUAUUUAUAUCGCCCUUAAUCCAUCAAAAUGAGAAUCUAUAAAGAUAUUAUUACUGGUGACGAGAUGUUCUCGGACACAUACAAAAUAAAGCUGGUCGACGAAGUUAUUUACGAAGUGACCGCUAAACUUGUGCAGAGAACCCAGGGCGAUAUCCAGAUCGAGGGUUUCAACCCCUCGGCAGAGGAGGCUGAUGAGGGCACUGACACUAAUGUGGAGACUGGAUUAGACAUUGUUCUCAACCACAGGCUUGUGGAGACAUACGCCUUCGGUGACAAAAAGUCGUACACACUGUACCUUAAGGACUACAUGAAAAAAUUAGUUGAAAAACUAAAUGAGAAGGCACCCGACCAAGUCGACGUUUUCAAAACCAACAUGAACAAAGUUAUGAAGGACAUCCUCGGCAGGUUUAAGGAGCUACAAUUCUUCACCGGCGAGUCCAUGGACUGCGACGGUAUGGUCGCCAUGUGCGAAUACAGAGACAUCGAUGGCCAGCAAGUGCCAAUCAUGAUGUUCUUCAAACAUGGGCUAGAAGAGGAGAAGUUCUAAGUUCUAAGUGUAUACUCAUACUAUUCCACACAUCGCCUAACUCAUCUUUUGUAUUUAUUUACAAACCAUGUCCACGCCCAGGCCGAUGGGCCCAGACCCGGCUUCUCCCAUCACAAGGCUGAACAAUUUUGUAAUGUUAUCAAAUGUUACAUAAUUUAAAUAAAUUAAUGACAGGA